AUGCUCCGUGGACAACAAACCCUUCGCGCUGGUGCCCGCAUCGCUUUGAGCGCACGCGGCAAGCACUCGCUGCCCGACCUCGGCUACGACUACAAUGCCCUGGAGCCCGUCAUCACCGCUGAGAUCAUGCAGCUGCACCACCAGAAGCACCACGCCACCUACGUCAACAAUUUGAACGUGGCUGAGGAGAAGACGGCCGAGGCUCUCGCAAAGGGAAAUGUGAAAGAGGCCAUUGCGCUCCAAAGCGGCCUGAAAUUCAAUGGCGGUGGCCAUAUCAACCAUUCGAUCUUCUGGACCAACCUGGCCAAGGAUGGCGGUGAGCCCAGCAAGGAGCUAUUGGAGGUCAUCAACCGCGACUUCGGAUCAUUGCAGAAGAUGCAAGACGCCCUCUCGAGUGCCACGGUUGCUGUACAGGGAUCUGGCUGGGGCUGGCUCGGCUAUUGCCCGAAGAGCAAACGUGUCAAGGUCGCUACAUGUGCCAACCAGGAUCCGUUAGAACCGACCACGGGCCUCAUCCCGCUCUUCGGAAUUGACGUCUGGGAGCACGCCUACUAUCUGCAGUACAAGAACGUUCGCCCUGACUACGUGAAGGCCAUCUGGAAGAUUGCCAACUGGAAGAACAUCUCCGAGCGCUACGCCAACGCCACGAAA